GCUACGCCCUACUGACUACAUAUCAACCAAUGACUUCUUAAACCCCUCCGAGCGCAACUAACGAGAAAUAAAAAUUCUCACCUGAAAAUAAAUCACCAUUUCAACAUGUCAGACGGUUUUGCAAAGCUUCCUUCGGGCGCUCAGGUCCAGCCAACGCUUUACAAAGUCUCCAUUGCGGACGACAAGGUCGAUGAGCUUAAGCAGCUUGUGAUGCUGGGAAGAGUCGGACCGCCGACCUAUGAAUCUACACAGAAAGAACAUAAUUAUGGAGUUAGUCAUCAGUGGUUGACUGAUGCGAAAGCUGCUUGGAUUGACUUUGACUGGCGCGCUGCGGAAAAGCACAUUAAUUCCUUCAACCAUUGGACUGUACCCAUCAAAGAUGAGAAGGGUGAUUUUACAAUCCACUUCACGGGUCUUUUCUCCUCUAAGCCUGAUGCUGUCCCCGUGGUAAUGCUCCAUGGUUGGCCGGGUAGCUUUCUAGAGUUUCUCAAGAUCCUCUCCAUUCUCAAGGAGCGCUACACCCCCGAGACGCUCCCCUACCACGUCAUUGUGCCAUCUCUUCCCGGCUAUGCUUUCUCAGAUAAGCCGCCAUUGGACAAGGACUUUGGCAUCAGAGACGUUUCCCGCAUUGUGAACACCUUGAUGGUUCAGUUGGGUUUUGGGGGCGGCUAUAUCGCUCAGGGAGGCGAUAUCGGAAGCAGGAUUUCUCGUGUACUCGCAGCUACUUACGAUGAGUGCAAAGCGGCUCAUCUCAACUUCUGCCUCAUGGCGGAGCCGGCAACUGCACAGGGCGAAGUCUCAGAGGCAGAAAAGAGAGGCCUCGAGCGUGCAAAGGACUUUGACAAGCUAGGUACCGCCUACGCUCUGAUGCACGCCACAAGACCAAGCACAAUCGGCCUCAUCCUCUCAUCAUCGCCUCUCGCGCUUCUAGCCUGGGUCGGCGAGAAAUUCCUGAGCUGGAGUGACGAAGAUCCUCCCCUAGAGGAAAUUCUCACCUCGGUUUCACUUUACUGGCUAACAGACAGCUUCCCUACUUCGAUCUUUCCAUACCGUCAACGCUUUGACCCAGAUUACCCCGGCUCACACGAUCACCCGAAGUGGAAGAUCAGCAAGCCAUUAGGUUACAGCUGGUUUCCAUUUGAGCUUGCUCCUGUUCCUGUAAGCUGGGUGAAGACGACGGGCAAUCUCGUAUUUUGGAGGGAUCAUGAGCGGGGUGGACAUUUUGCUGCGCUGGAGAGACCGGAGGAUUUGUUGAAGGACUUUGGGGAGUUUGUGGAGCAGAUCUCCAAGGAUGGGUCUUUGAAGAUCCAGUGACCAAUUUGUAAAUAGCGUCGCUGUAUCUUCGCUCCAAGGUGGAAUGAAUGAUUACGGAUCCAAUUCAGGGAUGCCAAUGCUCAUGUUUCUUCGUCCUGACCAUAGACAUGUGAAUGAUUGACUUGCGAUGCGACUUGAUCUCACAUGACGGUGCACGUGACGCCUGGCUAGUUUUCGAUCGUGUGGAAUUCAUGAUCUGGCGCUAUGGAAUUGGCCAGCGCUCACCAAGAAGACCUUCGCUAACUACGGCGAUUCCUUGUGCUAUCUUUUACGGCUUGAUUUGCGCAACAAGCCAGGGCUAUCAAAUGCCAGCAACGAAGCCCAACGGUGGAACUGAGGACGCGUCCACUUUGCCCUUGGCGUUACAAAACGCGCCAUGCCACCACCAUCGAGCUGCUCUACUCGACGCGUCCGACACAAUGAACACAGCGCUGCCGCUACAAUUGAGAACUCGACCGUCAUUUGACACGGCGCGUCGCUGCUCCGCUUGUCCCGAACCAAGUCUUUGACCCAACGUGUCCCCCCCGCCCCCCGAAGCCGCCAGAUCGAUGGCCCGUUAAUUGCCCUUCGUUGCCUUACGAUACCGAGCGAGCCCAUGACAGCCUGAGCCCCGAAACCGAUCGAGAGAACAUGGAGCGAGGAGUGGUCGGAGACUGUCGCGGUUGUCGUGGAAGGGGCCUGUGCUGUGUCUCCAAUCAGCGCCACUACCUUUCGUCGAUGCUCUGCUUCCGAGUACCAUUGUCACAAUGCGAAUGAGUCGUCCGCGAUUCACCGUGCGUCUUAUCGACCAGUGUUUGCCCGACUCCCCGGCUCUCAUCAUCGCAGAACAGAACGAGCGCUCACAAACGCGCGAGGCAUAUCUUCUUACCCGACACGUACUACUCCAGUCGAUCGCGCGACCUAUCCCUUGCCUCGGAGCAGUUCAUCGUCAAAGCCAGGCCGCCAAUCCCUCACCCGUUUGUGAUGUCGCUCUGAAGCAGUGCAUGCACCGCGACCUCGUCCGCGUGAAACCGCUGUAGAUACAUGCAAAUCGCUGGGCAUUCCACCCUCGCUCGAAGCUCGACCCACCAUAUACUCCGUCCUGCCUUGCGAUACCAUAUAUAUAACAACAACAAUGCGACGGGGUCUCUCGCAAGGAGCAGUUCCUUGAAGGGUCCUUCAAUCCUGUGCGUGAAGAGCUGCGUCUGCCCUGUUGUGACUUGGCUGUCCGGUAGAUAAAGGAUGCGCGAAACAGCAUGCGCAGCGUAGAAAUAAGGGUUAUGUGGCGUAGAUGUCUGGUUCAAUUGGCAAACAACAGCCAAGGCCUCUGGUAUACCGUCUAUCCCGGCCUCUGGUAAAUGCGCUUGCAUCUGCGCGAUCGUAACAGCCAUGACGCGAAACAGGCUAUCAUUUCGUAGAGGGUCCACCAUAUUCCACAGGGACAUCUUUCCACUAAUCAUAGACACCCAAUCGAGGUCGUCGUCACCAGUUUUUAGAGGCCAAGAGUCUUCCGGUCUGUAUGCAUCUGGCGACGAGAACGUUAGGACAGCUAGAGCAGCUGCUGUGCCCCAUAUCGGGUCCUUGUCGUUGGUCUUGACAGGUUCACGUAGCUUCUUGUUGAAGAGGGCUGUACUUUGUGACCAGUGAUAGCAUUCUUCUAGACUCCGGGGAGAGCUUGAUGGGGUGUUUAAAUAGCGAUCGUAUGUAAGUGCCACUGCUAGAGAAGCGUGCAUCAAGCAAGGGUUCUAUACCAAUUAGCUUUGUUGAACUUGGAGACAUUAGGGGUGUCGCUCGUACAGUGAAUGCAAG